AUGUCUGAUAAAAAGAAACUCAUUAUACCAAAAGGUGCUGGUCAAAUUCAACAAUUAGGCAGUGGACUAAGAGCAAAACAAACUGAUACAACCACUCAUUUUAAAAAGAAUUGUCGAUAUGAUUAUCAACCAGAGAUAUGUAAAGAUUUUUAUGAAACAGGAUAUUGUGGAUAUGGAGAAAAUUGUAAGUUUAUUCAUGACAGAAGUCUUACAAAAAGUAGCUUAACGUUAGAACGUGAGUUUGAAGAAAAUAGAAAACAUGAAGCCCAAAAAAAAACUGAAGAACUUAUGAAAGAACAAAAAGAAGCUGAUGAAAUUAAACUUCAAAAAGAAAAAGAACAGAAAAAAGAAACUAUUUGUCCUAAGUGUCAAAAAAAAUAUAAUGAAGAAAAAACACCAAUGAUAAUGAAAUGUGGUGAUUGGAUUUGUUCUGAUUGUGCAAUUGGAUGUAAAAAAUGUCCUGUUUGUAAUACUUCAACCGGUGGUGUUUUUAAAGCAGCUAAAAGAAAGAGAUAA